CUCUCACGCAAUACCUCAUUUUUCUGAUGAAACCUGCUUCUGACUUUACAAUUGGAGUUUGAGAAGCGCAUGAGGGCUGACAUGGAGGAAGCCAAAACUGAAGAAAAUGUGAAACUACAGUCUGCUUUGGAAGCCAAAACUGAAGAAAAUGUGAAACUACAGUUUGCUUUGGAAGAAAUGCGAGUUCAGUUUCAAGAGACUAAAGAAUUGCUCAUGAGGGAACAAGAGAAACUAAAGGAGCUUGCUGACAUAGAAGAGGCCAAAACUGAAGAAAAUGUGAAACUACAGUCUGCUUUGGAAGAAAUGCGACUUCAGUAUCAAGAAACUAACGAAUUGCUCAUGAGGGAACAAGAGAAAACAAAGGAGCUUGCUGACACAAAAUUGCUCAAUGAGCCUACUGCUCAAAACGAGUUUCCUAAGGUUGACCAGGACGAAGCCAAAACCCAGGCAAAACUACGAGCUACUUUGCUUCAGCUCCAACAGGCUACCGAGCUACUCUUGAAGAAGGCACGUGAGCCUGACCUACUCUUGGAGAAGGCACCUGAGCCUGUGGAGAAGAAUGCUGACCAGGUUUAGCUUGCUGCUCAAAACACCUUUUCAGCUUCAGGGUCACUCAAUUGGGCUAUAAUGCACAGGAGCCAAACCACUACAAAAUUGAAUUCAACCAAUUAGCUAGUCUA